UUGUAAAGUUUAUCUUGAAACACGAUAAUGGAAGUUGAAGCUCUACAGAAAAAGAGAAGAGGUCACUCUUCAAGAAAGAUGGCAACCAAGAAGCUAGCACCAGCAAUAGAAAAGUCGAACAGAAAUGCAGGGAAAGGAUCAAGAGAUCAGAAGAAGAUAGGGUUCAAGAAGCAGAACGAUCUUGAUGGAGAAGAAAUCACAUCAAAUGAUAGCUCUAUUGAGGAGAAUAAAGAUGAUUUCUUCAUAGAGUCUGAAGAAGAUGAAAAUCCUGAUGAGAAGCGUACAAGGAUCGCUAAAGAGCUCCUCUCUAAGAUUAAUAAUGAUGUCGAUCAUGAAGAGAUGAAGGAUGAAGAAGAAGAUGAGUUCUUGCAAGGGCUCAAGUCCCAAGCUGACAUUGAAAAGGAUGAAAUUGUAGCUAAUCUUCUUAAAAGAAGAGCUAUUGAUGCUAAAGGAAAGUUACACAGAAAGCUAGCAGAUAGACUUGAUAUUGAAAAGUGUUCAACUGUGUUUAUUAAAGGGCACAAGAAGGCAAUAACAGACUUCGUGUUUACCAAAAACGAGAAGAAGCUGUACUCUGUGUCUAAAGAUUGCUGCAUUCUUGAAUGGGAUCUUGAAAAAGGGACUAAAACUAUAUUCAACAAAGGCAAGAAACAUGAAAGAGACUUAAAGAAUGGAGGCCAUUAUGAUGAGAUCAUCUGUUGUGAUCUCUCAAGAGAUCAGAAGUUACUUGCUACUGGAGGAAAAGAUAGAAUUUUGAGAAUCUGGAACACUCAGACUAGAGAGAUAGUGGGAAAAUUCAAGGGUCAUGUAGACACGAUUACAUCUGUUAAAUUUGAUGCUAUGAAUGAUCAUCUGUACACUGUCAGUGCUGAUAUGACCCUGAAGAUUUGGCAUAUGAGAGAAAUGUGAUAUAUUGACACCCAUAAUGGCCAUAUUGGUGCUGCUUUGGAUUUACAAGCCUAUACCGCAGAUAGAGUUGUUUCUUGUGGAGAUGAUAGGCAAGUAAUUUUCUGGAAGGUAAUCGAGGAUACACAAUUGCUUUAUAAGAAUACUAAGAAUGAUACAAAUUGCCUCGCUUUGAUUGAUGAUGAGCAUUUUGUUACUGGAUCAAUUGAAUCAGCUAUUGAUCUAUGGAGCUUUAAGAAGAAAAAGCCUAUUGCUAAGCUAAAGGAAUGUCAUAAAAACAAUACUCCUAAGAAUAAGCAUGAGUUCGCAUGGAUCACUACAAUAGCUACUGUCCGUAACACAGACUUAGUGUGCUCUGCAGGUAUUGACACUAGUAUAAAUUUCUACAAAUUUGUGAGGGAUGACAAGACCCUUGACUUAAUAGGCUCUCUACCUGGAGAUGAAGGAUUCAUUAAAGGAACAAUCAACACUAUCAAAUUCAGUCCAAAGAAGAGCUACAUGGCAUAUAGUGUGUCUAGCGAGCAGAAGUUGGGAAGAUGGUUUACAUCAAAGCCAUCAAAGACAGGUAUUCACCUUGUAAAAUUGGCUUAUAAAUAA